UCGUCAUGUUAGAACUCGAUUAUAUUUUACAAGUGAAAGUCAUGUUCAUGCGUUAUUGACAAUAAUACGUUAUGGUGGUUUAAUUGAUUCAUCUACUGAUGAACAAUGGAAGCGCUCAAUGGAUUAUCUUGAUACUGUUUCAGAGUUAAAUUAUUUAACUCAAAUUGUAAUCAUGCUAUUUGAAGAUCCGUCAGAAGAAUUAUCAUCAGAACGUCGAUUUCAUGUUGAAUUGCAUUUUUCACCUGGUGCUUAUGGUUGCUUUGAUUCACCACCUGACCUUGAUAUAUCCCAUUCAAAUCUGGAUGGUGAUUCUGUUAGAACUAUUUUACCCAAAAGUAAUCGCCAAGCAGCUCAUAGCCCACCGCGUCAAAGAGAUUCCAUACCUGAAAUCAGCGUUACUCCACCAAAAGCAGACGAUAUUACUUUAUCAAACCCAAUGCCACUAUCUAUAUCAAAAUCGACAUCAAAUUUAAUAGAAAUAAAACAGCAAGAACGUUCAUCAUCAAGUUCAUCAACGAAAGUUGAUCAAUCAUUAUCUACUCAACCUUUAUCAAUUGAUCUACAAAAUACAAAUCAAACAAAAAAACAUAUUAGUAAUGAUAUAAUAAAAGCAAGUGCUGUUGGUGAUACAAAUUUACAGCGUAAGUAUGUGCUUCCGUUUUUCCAUUCAGUUGCAUCAAAUAAAGUAUGUGUUUAUGGAAUUGAUAUUUUAGCAUCAAAAUCAAGUUUUUAGAUGUUACUUAAGUGAUUUAUCUACGAUUUUAAGAAGCAUUUUAUCGCACACUGAGAUGAGGGAGAGAAUAAAAUCAUCAGCAGAUGCU